AGGUUUUCUGUUGUUCAUGGCUUUGGCGCCUUGAGCUGAUUCUUGAUAAGCGCGUACUCAUAGCAAACCACAUUUGGACAAAUUUGGCACUCUGCAACUGCAAGUCCAGCGCUCUUCGCGGCACACUGCCAUCUCCGAUUACUCGCUGCGCGAUUAGCAUUUCAGGUAGCUAGGGAGCCAGCUGCGCAAGAAUGCAUCCAGCGCUUAUACCGGAGAAGCACCCAAUGUGCGGAAAGUACAUGGAGGCGCUUGUACAAUGCCGCAAAGAGCAUCCUUACCGGAAAUUCUUUGGUGUAUGCUCAGAGAUUACGUGGGACCUGUCGGUAUGCCUCAAGGAGGAGAAGAAGGUGACGCGCGAGCCCCGGCAAAAGCGCUACCACGAAAAGUGGGCGGCAAAGCGGGAGGCCGAUAAGGAGCGGAUGUCUCAGCUUCGCGCGGAGCAGGGGGGAGAGCAAGUUACAUCUGAGGCGGCUGGCGACUCGGGGUUAGGGAGGGCAAAUGAGUAGACGGGUGCACAGGCGAAUGGCAAGAGCUGCGGCACAGCUGGCGCAGCGCUUACGCUUGGUUAAAUGGUGGACGUGUGGUCACGAGCUGGCUUGCGGCCAGUGGGCAUAGGCAUAGGUAGAAGCCGGUAGACUGUAGUGGUGACUGGAGGCCGCCGAAGAAGCGCUGAACAUGACUCAAAGGAUAGUGUUGGCAAACCAAGGGAUGUCGGCAAUGAUAAUCGGCACUCACGUGACAGCAAGCACCGGCCACAGAACGUAUGAAGCAGGGGCCCAGUGGCGCACCAGAUGCCUGCGGCAACAGGGCCGUUACGUGUGGCGCAUAGGUGCCAGUGGGUAUACCACUGUAUCACGGCAUGGGCGUAUGGCUCAGUCAUGCCUGGCUUGCAUGGAUGCAGCCAGGGCGCGAGGAUGAGGUGUUGUGCAGAUGUCAAAGUCCUUCGCCAAAAUCAGUGGGCUCCGACCGCGACUUACGGACUUGCAAUGAUAAGUGUAAUGGCGAGUUGCUUUUUGUUGCAAGUAAUCCGCCGUGUGUGGCGGUGCGGUACGGGCCCUGACGUCCGGCUCUCGGCUGAUACUCACUUGUCCCAUCCCAGGGGGGACGUGCUGGGGCGUGCCAAACCCCACGCGCAUCCACAUCCCCCACGACCCCGAGCAACGCCUUGACGU